GUUGCUUACGGUAAUUAAAGUUUACAUCUCUUAUAUUAAAAUUACCGAGUAUUAAACAUCCUUACUCCUUAACAGUAUACAUACCCUUACUCCUCAAGAGUAUACCUAGGUACCUACUUAGAGGAGAGAAAAAAAAAGAAAAAAAAAGAAAAAAAAAAGGAAAAGGAAAAAGAUGGAGCGCCACAAGCAAGCUGUGCGCCUCGUCUCGGCAUCGGUGCGCACGCUCUUCGAGCGCGGGGAGCCGUACCGGAUCGCGCACGGCAGCACCAACAGCACGCGGCCCCCCGCGCAGAAGGCCGGCGCCCGCACCGUCGACAUCAGCGCCUUGCGCCACGUGCUCUCCGUCGACAAGGCCUCCCGCCGCGCCCUCGUCGAGCCAAACGUCCCCAUGGACCGCCUCGUCGAGCACACUCUCCCUCUCGGCCUCGUGCCCCCCGUCGUCAUGGAGUUCCCCGGCAUCACGGCUGGCGGCGGCUUCGCGGGCACGGCGGGCGAGAGCAGCAGUUUCCGCCAUGGGUACUUUGACGAGAGCGUUUGUGGGGUGGAGAUGGUGUUGCCGGAUGGCGAGGUCGUGUUUGCGCGGCCCGGAGAUGGAGAGGAAAAGGGCGCGGAGCUGUUCCGGGGCGCGGCGGGGGCGCUGGGGACGCUGGGCGUGACGACGUUGCUGGAGCUGCAGCUCAUAGAGGCGAAGCGCUUCGUGCGCACGACGUAUAGGCGGACGAGCAGCGUGGCCGAGGCCGUGAGGGUCGUCCAGGAGGAGUGCGAUGCUGCGAAGGGGAAUGACUAUGUCGAUGGCAUCCUGUUUUCCAAGAACCACGGGGUUGUUGUGAGUGGAAAGAUGACGGAUGAGGGCCCCGGGGACGGCGAGAGCAUACACACGUUCAGCCAUGCGUGGGACCCGUGGUUUUACUUGCAUGUGCGGGAGCUUACUAAGGCGCUUCCUUCAUCGGCAUCUGCGUCUUCGUCCUCGGCUUCUUCUUCUACCCAAGGCAUCGUCACCGAGUACAUCCCGCUAGCCGAGUACCUCUUCCGGUACGACCGCGGCGGGUUCUGGGUCGGGGAGGCCGCCUUCGACUACUUCCGCCCCCUGGUGCCCUUCACGCGCUUCUUCCGCUGGUUCCUCGACGACUUCCUCCAUACGCGCAUGCUGUACCGGGCCCUCCACGGCAGCGGCGAGAGCGCCCGCUUCGUCGUCCAGGACGUCGGCAUGCCCUACCCUUCCGUCGAGCCCUUCGUCGACUAUGUCGCCGAGAACCUCGACAUCUGGCCCCUGUGGCUCUGCCCCCUCAAGACCCCCGCCGGCCCUAGCUUUCACCCGCACCUCCGAUCUUCCCCUGCCACCUCCACUGCCACUGCUGCUUCCGAUGGUGCCAAAAAUGCGGCAACAGGGGGCAUGAUGCUCAACAUCGGCGUCUGGGGCUGGGGCCACAAGGACCCCGCCGCCUUCGUGAAGGCGAACCGGGACCUCGAGCACCGCGUCUCCGCGCUCGGCGGCAUGAAGUGGCUGUACGCGCACACGUACUACGACGAGCCCGAGUUCUGGGCCCUCUACGGCAACCGCCCCUGGUACGAGGCCCUGCGGCGCAAGUACAAGGCGACCUCGCUGCCGAGCGUCUACGACAAGGUCAAGGUGCACGUGGCCCCGAGGAGCGGCUGGAAGCCCUGGCUCAAGUCGCUGUGGCCCGUCGGUGGCCUGUGGGGCAUCUGGAAGAGCAUCCAGAGCCGUGAUUACUUGCUGCACCGGAACGCGACGUGGAAGUGGAAAGGGGGUGCUGUGGGAGAAGGGGAGGAGGGGAAGAAGAAGGUUUCUUAAAGCAUUCAUGGAUAAGGGGAAGUUAUAUAUCAUGCCUACCUAGGUAGGUAGGUAGGCACCCGUAGGGUGUUGUGUUCGUGGUUUGCAUUUAUUUGUGCGCCUCUAGGUAUCGAUCCGAGGCAUCUCUGUACCAUCACCCAACGCCAUCACGUUAAAGGAAUAGAUUAGGUAGGUAGAGAGCGGGAUAUAUAUCGAUAGACUAUGUAGCUACCUAUAUGUAAUCAAUUCUGUAUAUGUAUGCACCAUGCGGACUCAACUUACAUAAUGUAAUCUGGGU